UGAGGGAUGAGGUCUGCAGCUGUACCCCUCUCAAGAAGAGGGGGGUUAAGGGUUACACUUUGGUAUGUUUGGUGUCGGUUGGUGAUUUCGCUACUCUUGCCGAAGUAGAAGAACACAAUUUGAAGAAAAUUGGGUGACCUAGAUUUCGUUUAGCUAUGCAUUUUCAGGAGUGGUUACAAUCCCUUCGUACCAGUGGGGGGGUUCGAGGACCUGAAAACAAAGACUUCUGGAGCCUUGUCCCCUCUCUCCCUUUGUCGUCCUCUUUCUCCUUCUCCUCCCUCUCUCUAUCCCCGUCCUCUCUGCUGGGUAUAGGGGCUCUGGCCUCCUUCACUGCAUACUGGCUGGUGACUCGCCCUCGGCCCAUGCGCCCCCCUUGUGAUCUGAAUGCCCAGUCUAUCCCUGUACAGGGAGAGCCCAAUUGGAGGCGUUCAGCUUUGCUCAAGGAUGAUGUUCUGUUGGAGUUCUACUAUGAUGACACCAGGACAGCCUAUGACAUGUUCCAGAGAGGACUGAGAGUGGCAGGGGAUGGCCCAUGCCUUGGCUUCAGGAAACCUGGGGAACCUUACCAGUGGAUAUCCUACACUGAGGUGGCUGAACAGGCACAGGUGCUGGGCUCUGGGCUUUUGGGCAAAGGCUGCCAACCAAACCCUGAUCAGUUAGUUGGAAUAUUUGCUCAGAACAGGCCAGAGUGGAUCAUUUCAGAGCUGGCCUGCUACACCUUCUCAAUGGCUGUGGUGCCCCUGUAUGACACACUUGGAGAGGAGGCCAUGGUGCAUAUCCUCAACCUGGCUGAGAUCUCCCUGGUGAUCUGUGACAAGGAGGAGAAGGCAGAGUCCCUUCUGGGGAAUAAGGAGAAGGGUGUGACGCCUACUCUCUCCUGUCUGGUGCUCUUCAAUCCCUGCAGUGAUGCCAUAGUGGAGAGAGGGAAGAACUGUGGAGUGGAGAUUCUUGAACUCACACAGCUCAUGGAACUUGGACGACAGAACCUCAAAGAUCCUGCGCCACCCCAACCCCAGGACCUGGCAGUCGUGUGCUUCACCAGUGGAACCACAGGAAAGCCCAAGGGAGCCAUGAUCACCCACGGCAACAUCGCCUCCAAUUCCUCCUCUGUUAUUAAGAUCCUGGAGGGGUCAUUUGUAAUUCAGCAAGAGGACGUGUCAAUAUCUUACCUGCCUCUUGCCCACAUGUUUGAGAGGAUGAUUCAGGUGUCCAUGCUAUGUCAUGGGGCCAGGGUAGGAUUCUACCAGGGGGAUAUCUCCCUGCUCAUGGAUGAUAUUAAGACUCUGAAACCCACCUUCUUCCCAGUGGUGCCUCGCCUACUCAACCGCAUCUACGACAAGAUCUUAGGCUCUGUGACGUCCCCAUUGCGCCGGGCAGUGCUGCACUAUGCAGUGAGGAGGAAGAAGGCUGAGCUCAGCAGUGGGGUGGUACGUAACAACAGUCUGUGGGACAGGCUGGUGUUCAACAGGAUUCAGGCUAAUUUAGGAGGUAAUCUGAGGUUCAUCCUGACCGCCUCGGCCCCAAUCUCCCCCACCGUGCUCUCCUUCCUCAGGGCCACCCUCGGCUGUCUGAUCUUUGAGGGCUACGGUCAGACUGAAUGCACAGCAGGCUGCACCUUCUCCAUGCCAGGUGACUGGAGUGCAGGCCAUGUUGGUGCUCCAUUGCCCUGUGCCAUGGUGAAGUUGAUUGACAUUCCUGAUAUGAACUAUUAUGCCAAGAACGGAGAAGGAGAGAUCUGUAUCCGUGGCCACAGUGUGUUCCGGGGAUACCUGAAAGAUGAGGAGAAAACAACGGAGGCCCUGGACCGUGAUGGCUGGCUGCACAGUGGAGACGUGGGCCAGUGGCUACCGAAUGGGACACUUCGCAUCAUCGACAGGAAGAAGCACAUCUUCAAGCUGUCCCAGGGAGAGUACAUUGCCCCUGAGAAGAUUGAGAAUGUCUACAUGCGUUGUGUCCCUGUGCUACAGGUCUUUGUGCAUGGAGACAGCCUACAGUCUCACCUGAUCGGUAUUGUUGUGCCAGACCCAGAAGUGUUCAUUGACUGGGUUAAGAAGAGGGGAAUCGUUGGAUCCUAUGAGGAACUCUGCCAGAAUCCAGAUGUGAAGAAAGAAGUGCUAGAAGACAUGACAGCCGUGGGGAAGGAAGCUGGGCUGAAGUCAUUUGAGCAGGUGAAGGACCUGCACCUGCAUCCAGAGAUGUUCAGUGUGAGCAACGGUCUCCUCACCCCCACUCUGAAGACCAGACGAGUGGACAUCCACAGGGUCUUCCAGGAACAGAUCACAAACAUGUAUAGCACAACAGCCAUCUAGAAGACCUCUAUCCACUGUAACAUGCUCACACACACUCAUGACAUUUACAGUUGAAGUCGGGAAGUUUACAUAAACUUAGGUUGGAGUCAUUAAAACUUGUUUUUCAACCACUCCACAAAUGUGUUAACAAACUAUAGUUCU